CCAUCCCAGAUGAAGGGUCUUCAGUUUCGGAGCAUCGCCCCCAAGGCACCAGCAGUGGUCCAAUCCCCCACUGUGCUUUCUUGCCAGCCCACCUCUGCCCUUCCAGAAGCUUCUACAGCUGUCAGCCCUAAGUCCAUCCUCGUGCCUGCUCAGAACUAUGCCCUCAUGCAAGUGGCUGGACAAGAAGGCACCUUCUCAUUGGUGGCACUGCCGCAGUCACCACAGCAGCAGCCAGUCCAGAAGAGCCUAAAACUACCCAUACCAAGGUAUCAGCCAAUGAGAGGCAAGAGUGCUCAGGAAAAGGUCAGUAAUAAGAGGCAGAGUCCCGCCAAGAUUACCGUAACAACACGGGCCCGGUCAUCUGUAGCAACAGCAGCGAAAACUAAACCGUCUGAGUCGACCGAGAGUCCAGAUUCCUUGUCUGAAAAGGUCUUUCUGAUUGACCCUACAGCUUCAUCUGAGAUUUCUGUUGCAACCCUUCUUCCUGACAAUGCUGUUCUGUAUCCAGGCUCACAGACGGAGCAGGGAGGUGACAGAAACACUGACUCUAAUCAGAACCUCAGUUACUCUCAAGGGCCUAAGAACCCAAUCGUCACCGCUGGCAACAAUUGUUCACCAGCCAAACUGCAAACGAGCAAAGACCGGAACUCAAUGACAAACCAGCCCGGUGGUCCAGGUGGUGCCAUCACGGUUCUUUCCCCUGCUAUCUUCAGCAAAGCCGUGCAAAUUAUCCCCUCUCCACCCAAAGGCAAGCUGCCCAUCUUACCUUACGCCAAGGUGAAGAACUCCCUUCUACCUCCAGCCAGCCUCUCCAAUACCCAGUCCACAGAAAAGAAGCUACCAAACAGGGCUAAAACCAACUUCACCAGAGCCGCAGACCUCACUGACAAGACUCAAGCUGAAAACACAAGCAACAGUGGCACAGCACAGACUAAGAAACCAACUGGUAAGAGGCGGGGGAGGAAGAGAAAGACAAUGGAGGACAUCCUUAUGUUUGAGGCACGAAAGAAGAGAUCUUUGACGUUCUUCCGAAGGCGCGUGCCUGAGAAACCUCCAGCCGGCGCCACAGACAAACUCGUGGACAUCUCCAGGAAGUAUCGCACCAUCCGCCCCAAGCCCAUGCUGGUGAUGGAAACUGCGAUCCCACAGUUAGUGAGUCUACCCUCCCUCUCAACCCCAGACAGCUUGGACCAGGAGGCAUCCAUUGCAAAGCAGAUCUCAGGAAAGCCCCUGGAUGAAAUUCAGUCAGACUUUACUCCUGCGAGGGCCCCAGGUCAGAGGAGCACCGUCGCUGGCCUCGGUGGAGGUUUUGUGUACACCGGCAGUCGGCCGCUGCACCGUUGCCCGACCUGUAGUAGGUGUUUUCAGUUUAAACACCACCUGCAGAGUCACAUGAACAGCCAUAGUAACCUGCGACCGUACGUGUGUCCGGUGUGCAGGAAGGCCUAUGCUCACUCAGGCAGUCUGAGCACACACAUGAAACUGCACCACACUGAAGGUAGGCCCAGGAAGAACCUCCGCUGUGAGUUCUGUGAGAAGGCCUUUGGCUAUGUGGGUGUCUACUUCAGCCACCUGAGAGAGGUACAUAGAGUCAUACUUACAGUGGAGCCCUCCAUCAGCCAGCAUGAGGAGAAUACACCUGUAGAAGGGUCAGCAGAUCCAGAUGAACAGGCGUCGGAGCGCGUUGACCCCGUGGAGCUGCAGAUCAAAUGUGGCCGCUGCCAGGCCAUCACGCCCACCUUUGCCGACAUGAAGCUGCACCUGUUGUACGUGCACGGCGAGGAGGUGCAGGUGAGGUUGCGUGAGGGAGCGCUGCGUGGGGGCCGGGAGGCCGAGGAUGAGCUCGUCAAACACGCCGCGCACUAUUGGCGGCAGCUCAACGAGAAACGCAACCUGGUGCGCUGCGGUAGCUGCGACGAGGAGUUCUUCUCCUUCUCUAAGCUCAAACGGCACCUCCACUCCCACCACCAGAGGGAGAGCCAAGACGAAGAAGAGGAGGAAGAGGACGACAGCAGAGAGGAGAAAGGGGAGCAUGUCCCGGGCGUCACUCAUAAAAGCGUGAUACUCCAAACAGGGUCACAUUUUAACUGCAUCCUGUGUAGCGAGGUCUUUAUCAGUAAGCAGGACGUGUUAGAGCACUGGAGGGGGAGACACCACUGUGAAAAUCCUGCACUACUGUGGGAUGUCCUGGACUCUAGGGGGAGGGAGAAUGAUGACACACCCAUGCCUAGCCCAAACUAG